AUGCCGCUGCUCACGAGCCGCCGGUCGCGCGCCAAGGCGCUGAAGACCGACACAGAAGACGCCUCCACCACCAGCGAGACCGAAGACGAAGUGCUCGAAGCGCAGCAGCAGCAAGAAGAAGGAGACUACGACGAGGAGGACGAUGACGCCGCCGCCGACGACGCGCGCGUGGGCUCCAAGCGCCGCAAGAAGAGCAAGACGCCGGCCACGGAGCUGUCCCAGAUGGACGCGGACAUCGAGUCGGAGAUGGGCGUGGUGGAGGAGAUCUACUGCGAGAACUUCAUGUGCCACCGCAAGCUGCGCGUGGCUCUUAGCCCUCACAUCAACUUCAUCACCGGAGAGAACGGCAGCGGCAAGAGCGCCAUCAUCGCCGCCAUCCAGAUCUGCCUGGGCGCCAGCGCGCGCAGCACGCACCGCGGCAAGAGCAUCAAGAACCUCAUCCGCCACGGCCACGAGGGCAACGCGCUGGUGCGCAUCACGCUGCGCAACGACGCCAAGGGCAGCGAUGCCUUCCGCCCGGAGCAGUACGGCCGCAAGAUCAUGGUGGAGCGGCUGAUUCGCAGGGACGGCUCGGCCGAGUACAGACUCAAGGACGAGCGCGGACUGCUGGUGUCUAAGCUCAAGACGGACCUGGACGCCAUGCUGGAUCAUUUGAAUAUUCAGACGGAGAACCCGUGCGCGAUCCUGGACCAGGAGAACGCCAAGCUGUUCCUGAAGGGCAACCCGCAGGACAAGUACAAGUUCUUCCUGCAGUCCACGGACCUGUACAAGAUGCGGAACACGUACUCGAAGAUCGACGAAGAGACGAGGAACAUUGCAGAGUCCACGUUGAAGAGGGAGAGAGCCAAGAUUGCUACGUUGAAGGAUGCUAUGGACGAGGCCAAGAAGCAGUGGAAGGAGGCACAGAGUAUUGGAAAGCUGGAGGAGGAGUUUGAAGUGCUCAAGAAGGAGCUGGCGUGGUCGUUCGUGUGCGAGAAGGAGGCGGAGGCUGCGAAGGCGGAGAGGAAGAUGAGGCGCAAGCAACGCCUCGCGGAAGAGGCUGCCGAAAAAUAUGAAGAGACAAAGGUGGAGGUGGAAAACCUCGAACGAAAGCAAAAGGAGAAGAACGACAAGCUCGAGGAGGUCAGCACGCGCAUGACUGAGAACAACCAGCGCAAGACCGACGUGAAGAACAGGAUUCGUGAGGCCCGGCGUCCGCUCCACACCUGCAAGGCCGAGAUGAAGCACCUGACUCAGUCCAAGGAGCGUGCGAAUCAACGGCUCGCGCGUCUUCAACGCGACCUGCAGAAGAAGCGUGAGAACCACGAAGCCAUGUUGCACAACCGAAUGCAGCGCAACGAUGAAAUGCGCGAGCGUAUUACAGUGAAGCGCCGUGAAGUGGACGAUGCUGAGCAUGAAGUAAACGAAGCCAAGAACCGUGCGCAGGCGCGCCCCCAAGAGCUGGAUGAGGUGGAAAACCGCCACGACAAUUGUGUCCGUCAACUGCGUGAGGCUGACAGCGAGGCGGGCAAGAUCCAGCACCGGAUCAAUGCGCUGAGAGGGCAGAAGCGCGACAGUCUGGCCGUAUAUGGCAACCGCAUCCCGCAACUGCAGCACCUCAUUCAGCAGAAUCACCACCGAUUCUCCGCACCGCCUAUCGGGCCGCUUGGUCUCCACGUGAAGCUUCCUGAAAGAUUUAUGCACUUUGCUGUGGCGAUCGAGGUCGCUCUGAAGGGCACGUUGGGAAGUUACUUGGUGGUUAACGGUCGAGACAAAGCUCUGUUGGAUGACCUGAAGCGCCAGGCUCAUUGUCCACAGAACCAGGCCAACAUCAUCAUUUCACAGCGGUCUGGACGUCGUUACGGCAACUUGCGGCUAGCUGAAGGCGACCUCGCUGCGCACGCCAUCUGCAACAUCCUCGAAGUGAACGACGAUGAGGUUUUCAACGCGCUCGUGGAUGUAUGCAGUUCGGAGAGCAAGCUACUGUUCGAUGACCGUCAGUCUGCAGAAGAGAGCGUUCUGAGUGGAUCGAGUGGCAACUUCAGAAUGGCACGAUUUGUGUCUGAAGUGUAUCUGCCUAGUGGCGACAAAUUUGUUGUGCGUUCUGGAAACUUGGCAUUCAUUGCCAACAAGGGAAAUCGCCGCAGUUCCAUCAUUUGUCAAGACGUGGAAGGCGAGAUUAGGGAGCUGGAGCAGAAGCUUGAUUAUCUACAGGGGAACCUGGACGUGCUGAGGCGUGACGAAGCUCGGCUGCGGCGAGAUAGGGAAGACUUCCGUCACCAGAUGAAGCAGCAGAACGACCGCAUCGAUUAUCUGUCGCGCAAGUUCAACCAGAAGAGGGCGGAGUUGCGUAAUCUGGAGGAGGAAUUGUCAGAGGAUCUUCAGCAACACACUCUGGAUACGUCCGUGCUGGAAGAUGAAGUGCGAUCAGUGAAGGAGGAACUGGAGGACUUCUACCGUCGUGAGCAAGAGCUUAACGAUAUUCUGUCCAAGUCCAACCCCGACCUUGAAGGCCAACUGCACGAGCUGGAGGAGCUGGACGCGUUGGAGAAGAAGAUCGCUGCAGAAAUGAACGAGUACCAGGAAGAUGCGGACGCUAUCUACAAACACCUCAGUGAGAAGAAGGUGCAGGAGAUGACGCACCAGCGGGAGGCAGUAAAUUUGAGCGAGAUGGUGGUGCAAUGGGAAGACCAGCUGGCCACGAUUCAGGAAGAGUGCGAGGAGCAGAGGCAAAAGGCCCAGCUGCACUGCGAGCGAGUGGCUGUCACGCACUCGCACGACUACUACGGCAAGCGGUUAACUGAUAUCAAGCGCCAGAUUGAUCAAGAACGCAGCCGGUUCCAAGGCAUGGACCUCGGCGAGCUGAAGGACGACCUGGAGGCAAAGAAGAUCAAGUAUAAGAGUAAGAAGAUCAACUUCGACAAGUUUCGCGACAACCUCGAGCGCAUCCGCUCGAUGCUGGAGGAGCGCAAGCGGGUAUGGCAAAUUCUCCGCAAGGAGAUUGCCCACCGGACGUCGAUGGAGUUCAACAAGUACAUGCAUCUCAACAACUUCGCUGGCAAGCUCAAGUUCCGGCAUGAUGACCAGCGGCUCGAAAUUGCGGUGCUCCAGAACGAAAAGGGGGCCUCGCGCGCGUCGCAGGUGACUGAUAUGAAGGAGCUGUCAGGUGGUGAGCGCUCGUACACUCAAGUGUCGCUGCUGCUGGCGCUCGGCGAGAGUAUUGAAUGCCCGUUCCGAGUAAUGGACGAGUUCGACGUGUUCAUGGACUCUGUGAACCGUGAUAUGACGAUCCAACUGCUCGUGGAUGCCGCUAAGAAGGACGGCAAGAAGCAGUUUAUCUUCGUGACCCCCAACGACCUCAGGUACGAUCUACUGUGA